UGGCAAGAAGUAAAACCUACCGUAAUGUAAGGCAAACGUCCAGUGAUACCUUCGCAAUAGUGGUACUGUCCAUUGACCCAUGACGCCACAGUUCGCCCGCUUUCUCAUCAUCACUGUACGGAACUAAACUUACUUCAUUACAGAAUAGUAUAGAGAUUUAAAUCAGCUAAAUAGACACCUGGUUAAUCAGUACAUAGAAUUCCUUUGUGGAAGUGAUUUAAUAAACCAUCGCUUUUGUUUUGUCGAUCAUUUGAACGUAAUAAUCAAACCAGGGCAGCGGGUGAAUUGUUCACUGGAUAACUGUACCUGGUGCCCAUAUGCACUAACUGCGUCCUGCUCUACUGAUCCAUAAUGAAAGCUCUGAUUCUUGUUGGUGGCUACGGCACGAGGUUACGGCCACUCACUCUCACUGUGCCCAAACCUCUGGUUGAAUUCUGCAACAAACCAAUCCUGCUCCAUCAGGUGGAGGCUCUAGUCAAGGCUGGAGUCAAUCAUGUCAUUUUGGCUGUGAGCUACAUGUCUGAGCUGUUGGAGCGAGAGAUGAGAGCUCAGGAGCAGAGGCUUGGAAUAAAAAUCUCCCUGUCACAUGAAAAGGAACCUCUAGGGACUGCUGGUCCUCUGGCUUUGGCCCGAGAGCUGCUGACCGACAGUGAGGAGCCUUUUUUCGUUCUUAAUAGUGACGUCAUCUGCGAUUUUCCCUUUGAUGACAUGCUGAAGUUCCACCAACAGCACAGCAGAGAGGGCACAGUUGUUGUGACAAAAGUGGAAGAACCAUCUAAGUAUGGUGUGGUCGUUUAUGAAGGAGACACUGGACGAAUACAUCGUUUUGUUGAGAAACCUCAAGUGUUUGUCUCCAAUAAAAUCAAUGCUGGGAUGUACAUCUUCAGCCCUUCCAUGCUGAGAAGAAUCCAGUUGCGACCCACUUCCAUUGAGAAGGAAAUAUUUCCUGUAAUGGCAGAGGAGGGACAACUUUAUGCCAUGGAGCUGCAAGGUUUCUGGAUGGACAUUGGCCAGCCCAAAGACUUCUUAACAGGCAUGUGCAUGUACCUGCAGUCUGUACGGCAGCAGGCCCCUGAGCGGCUCCGCACGGGACCAGGCUUCCUCGGAAACGUUCUUGUGGACCCAACGGCGGUGAUCGGUGAAAACUGUACCAUCGGGCCCAAUGUUACGAUCGGGGCCGGUGUGGUUCUGGAGGAUGGCGUGAGAGUAAAGCGCUGUACCGUCCUGAAGGGGGCACACAUACGCUCCCACUCCUGGCUGGAGUCCUGCAUUGUGGGAUGGAGCUCAUCAGUGGGGCAGUGGGUGCGGAUGGAGAAUGUUACAGUUCUAGGUGAAGAUGUGAUUGUGAACGAUGAACUCUACAUCAACGGUGCCAAUGUUCUGCCUCAUAAAUCCAUCACAGACUCUGUUCCUGAGCCACGAAUCAUCAUGUGAAAAAACUUUCACACCCCUCACAAAGUGCCCGAGUGUGUGUGUGGAUGGUUGCUGCCGGAUGACAGAGAGAAUCUACCACUGUGCUUGAUGGGAAUGGUGUUAUUUGUGAAGAAUCUGAAGUAUGUAGUUACUGACUGUGGUGUUUGAAAAAGUGCUGCUGCAGAAAAAAAUCAGAUCUAUAGUAGAUGAUCUCCAGCUGAAAUGCUGCAUCAUACAUUUCUGACCCGUCAAGUACUGUUUUUAUUUCUCUCUGCAUUGUGUUCCCUAAUACUGACAAUUAGACCAGGACUCACCUUGCUUUGGUACAUUUUGUUGAUUUUGAGACAUUGGUAAUCUGUCUAGUUAGUAUGUUUGAAUUGUUUUCAUUGUGUUUUUCCAUUUAUAAAUGGAGACAUGUAAUGCUUUUCUGGAUAAAACUCUGUGCCUGUAGAAAGAAUGAAAAGUAUAUUUAUGUAUCAGAUGAUGCAAUAGCUGAUUACUAUAAAGACUGUUCAUACCUAAAA